AGAUGUCUUUCGUUAUCCCUAAUUCUCAAUUUUAGGGUUUUACAUAUCUUGUGCAUCCCCCUUUUUCACGCUCUUUCCCGUUCGCGGACAUUUCUUCCUCUUCUUAUCUUUUUACGGCCUUUCAUCAUUAUCUCCGCUUGUUCUUCCCUCCUCUGGCUGGCUUCCCUGCCUGCGCAAGUUUCUCGUACAUUGCCUUAUCGUCAGAGAGCUUGUUGGCCGCUUGAACCUGCAUCGCACCUUGCAGUCAUGGCUUGAAAUCAACACGCUUACGGUAUGCCUAGGGUUUAUCUAAUCCUUUGUGAAGAACUUCAUAAAUGGCGAAUCGCACGGACCCAGCAGCUAAAAGCAUCAGAGGCACAAAUCCUCAGAAUCUAGUGGAGAAGAUUCUCCGAUCGAAGAUCUACCAGAACACUUAUUGGAAAGAACAAUGUUUUGGUUUGACUGCGGAGACCUUGGUGGACAAAGCCAUGGAGCUUGAAUAUCUUGGUGGGACUUAUGGCGGUAACCGCAAACCCACGCCCUUCAUGUGUCUUGUUAUGAAGAUGUUGCAGAUUCAACCUGAGAAGGAAAUUGUUAUCGAGUUCAUCAAGAAUGAGGAUUACAAAUAUGUGAGAAUACUUGGUGCUUUUUAUCUGCGUCUUACUGGUUCUGAUAUUGAUGUGUAUCGAUAUUUGGAGCCCCUAUACAAUGACUACCGAAAACUCAGACGAAAAUUACCUGAUGGCCAGUUUAGUUUGACACAUGUGGAUGAGGUUAUUGAUGAGCUCUUGACAAAAGAUUACUCCUGCGAUAUUGCUUUGCCUCGAAUUAAGAAAAGGUGGACUCUUGAAUCCCUUGAUGCCUUAGAACCUCGACGUAGUGCUCUUGAAGAAGAUUUUGAGGAGGAAGAAGAGAAAGAGGAAAAUGAACAGCCUGUUGAUGAGCUUGAAGAUGGAGCCUAUGAGAAGGAUUACUAUCGGGGUCGAAGUCCCACAAGGGAAAGAGAUAGAGAUAGAAGACGUGAUAGUCAUAGGCACAGGGAUAGAGAUUAUGACCGAGAUUAUGAUAGAGAGAGAGGGCGAGGCCAUGAUCGGGACCGGGACCGGGACCGGGACCGGUAUCGUGUGAGGGAAGAAAAAGAGUAUGGAAGAGAGAGAGAAGGGAGGGAGCGGGAGAGGAGAGAGAGAGAUAGGGAUCGGGAGAGAGGGAGACGAAGAAGCCACUCAAGGAGCAGGAGUAGGAGCAGAGAUCGCAGGGAUAGGAAGAGACAUGCACGGAGUAGCAUGAGUCCGAGUAGUAGAAGGCAUGGAGAUGGCAGACGUGAGGAUGGUGGUGCAGGUCGUGAAGAGCCUAAGAAGAAGAAGGAGAAGAAGGAGAAGAAGGACGAUGGGACCGAUCACCCGGAUCCUGAGAUUGCUGAAGCCAACAAGUUACGAGCUGCUCUCGGGUUGAAACCCCUGAGACCCUGACCGCUUCCUUUGUCUCCUUGUGUUUGUGUGAUAUGUGCUGAACAAAAAAUGUUCCUCCAUACUAGAAGUGGCCGUUGCUGAGUUUUAUACUGGGCUGCUAGAGCUUGUAUGAUUGUAGUUGGCAAAAGUGACAAACUUCAAGUUGGGAUAGAAGUUAAUUCGUAUAAUAUAAUUUAUAUCUGAACAAGUUUUUAUAUAAAAAUCAGCUUGUUUUGAUGAUU